AGCCCUCGGCGGUGCGCGGAGCAGCUACCGGCCCCAGCAGCCUCAGGGACGGCGACGGCGGCGGCUGCAGUUGCAGGAACCGUAGCCGCACCACUCCUCAACGCCGCUGACCUCUCCUCUCUUCCUCUCGCCGUCCCUCCCGUAGCCGCGUUCGGGGGACCAGAGCGGCCACCCACGCCCGGAGCAUCCUCCUCAGUCUUGCGGGCGCCGACGGACGCGGAGGCAUGAUGCGGCUGCGAGGCUCGGCGACGCUGCGGGACCUGCUCCUGCGGCCGCCCGCUCCGGUCUGCGCGGCUCUGAGGAGGGCGCAGCCCCUGGCGACGUCCAGCUCUCCCUCGGAGAUUCUGCAGGAGCUGGGCAAGGGGGGCCCGCAGCCGCAGGCCGGGGCGUCGCCACCCGCAGCUCCGCCGGCGCCCGCUCCCGCUCCCAAGGACAGCGCUGGGGAGACGGACGCGUUCGGCAACAGCGAGGGCAAAGAGCUGGCGGCCGCGGGUGAAAAUAAAAUAAAACAGGGUCUGUUACCUAGCUUGGAAGAUUUGCUGUUCUAUACAAUUGCUGAAGGACAAGAAAAAAUACCUGUUCAUAAAUUUAUUACAGCACUCAAAUCUACAGGAUUGCGAACGUCUGAUCCCAGGUUGAAAGAGUGUAUGGAUAUGUUAAGAUUAACUCUUCAAACAACAUCAGAUGGUGUCAUGCUAGACAAAGAUCUUUUUAAAAAAUGUGUUCAAAGCAACAUUGUUUUGUUGACCCAAGCCUUCAGAAGAAAGUUUGUCAUUCCUGACUUUAUGUCUUUUACCUCACACAUUGAUGAAUUAUAUGAAAGUGCUAAAAAGCAGUCUGGAGGAAAGGUUGCAGACUACAUUCCUCAGUUGGCCAAGUUCAGUCCUGAUUUGUGGGGUGUGUCCGUUUGUACAGUAGAUGGACAGAGGCAUUCUAUUGGAGAUACCAAAGUUCCAUUUUGUCUUCAAUCCUGUGUAAAACCUUUGAAAUAUGCCAUUGCUGUUAAUGAUCUUGGAACUGAGUAUGUACACAGAUAUGUUGGGAAAGAGCCGAGUGGAUUAAGAUUCAACAAAUUGUUUUUAAAUGAAGAUGAUAAACCACACAAUCCUAUGGUAAAUGCUGGAGCAAUAGUUGUGACUUCAUUAAUAAAGCAAGGAGUUAAUAACGCUGAAAAGUUUGACUAUGUGAUGCAGUUUUUGAAUAAGAUGGCUGGUAAUGAAUAUGUUGGAUUCAGUAAUGCAACGUUUCAAUCUGAAAGAGAAAGUGGAGAUCGAAAUUUUGCCAUAGGAUAUUACUUAAAAGAAAAGAAGUGUUUUCCAGAAGGCACAGACAUGGUUGGUAUACUAGAUUUCUAUUUCCAGCUAUGCUCCAUCGAAGUGACUUGUGAAUCAGCUAGUGUGAUGGCUGCAACAUUGGCUAAUGGUGGCUUCUGCCCAAUUACUGGUGAAAGAGUACUGAGUCCUGAAGCAGUUCGAAAUACAUUGAGUUUGAUGCAUUCCUGCGGCAUGUAUGACUUUUCAGGGCAGUUUGCUUUCCAUGUUGGUCUUCCUGCAAAAUCUGGAGUUGCUGGUGGCAUUCUUUUGGUUGUUCCCAACGUCAUGGGCAUGAUGUGCUGGUCACCUCCUUUGGACAAGAUGGGCAACAGCGUUAAGGGAAUUCACUUUUGUCAUGAUCUUGUUUCUCUGUGUAAUUUCCACAACUAUGAUAAUUUGAGACACUUUGCAAAAAAACUUGAUCCUCGAAGAGAAGGUGGUGAUCAAAGGGUCAAGUCAGUGAUAAACCUUUUGUUUGCUGCAUAUACUGGAGAUGUGUCUGCCCUUCGAAGAUUUGCAUUGUCAGCCAUGGACAUGGAACAGAGAGACUAUGAUUCUAGAACAGCCCUCCAUGUAGCUGCUGCAGAGGGUCAUGUGGAAGUGGUUAAGUUUUUGCUGGAAGCUUGCAAAGUAAAUCCUUUCCCCAAGGACAGGUGGAACAACACCCCCAUGGAUGAAGCGCUGCACUUUGGACACCAUGAUGUAUUUAAAAUCCUCCAGGAAUACCAAGUCCAGUACACACCUCAAGGAGAUUCUGACAAUGGAAAGGAAAAUCAAACUGUCCAUAAGAAUCUUGAUGGAUUGUUAUAAUGGUCUUAAAUUCCAAGAUGUAAAUCACUUACCUAUUUAAUUGUGGAAAAUGGUUAUGAAGAACAUGUGUAUUUCUAUCUGGUAGUGAUGUAUAUUUUACACUUAUCAUUUCAGUGUUACUGGACUUUUCUUCAUUGUGCACACAGGACAAAUCUUAUUUCUUUGGCAAAAAUAGAAAUAAAACAAAUCUCCCUCCAUAAUGUGAGAAAUAUUUACCUCGUGCAUUGUAUAAUUUGAUGUAAAAGAAAUAGUUAUCAAUCCUAGCAUAUAACUGUGUGAUCUUCAUGAUUUGUUUUAUGAAUUUUCAAUUUAUAGUGAUCUGCUUGUAUGCAUUUGUAAAUUAAGCUGUUAUAUAGUCUGUCCAUAGGGGUUGAGACUGUCUUUAGAAGCAAACAGUGUGAUUUUCAAGACUUCCAAUAUAGAUUUAGUCUGAAUGUUUGAAAAGUUAUAUGCACUUAUGGUUGAGUGUUUAAAAUGUCUCUUACCAUCCUCACCUAACAGUGUAACUCUUUAAAAUUAUAGUAGUUAACAACUGUUAAUAUAAUAAGCCAAUUCUGAUUAGAUUUUAUCAGGGAAUCUGUUUAAGAUAUGUUUGGUGACCAAAAUGUAUAUGUGAUAUAGUUAUACUUUUGAAAAUUUUUCCUUUUUCUAUAUCCCUUUAGUCCAGCCUCUUUUCUCAGAUGUUUCACUAUCUGCCUCUUCCCCUUUAGCUGGGAAAAUGAGUGCUGGCAUACUAUGCAGUUUUCAUGUUUCCACUGUAAGUCAGAAAACGCCUCAUAUUUCUGGCAUUGAAGCUAGAACUUUGCCAUUUGUCUACAGAAGAUGAACCAGACAUGAAGUUACUAAGUAUAAAUUAGCCAAAUUAAUCAGUCUAAAGAAUGAAGGUGUGUACUAUUACAGUUCUGUUAGAAGUUAUUUUUCAGCUUCUAGGAUAAAGACAAAACUUAAAAUGCUUUAAGCUACCAGUUAUUAAGAUGUUAUGGGAACUGCUACAACCAAUCUGUUUUUAAACCCAUUAGAAAUCUAGACCAAGUUAUUUGUCCUCUUUGGGACUCCUGGAUUGCUCCAGAUACCUUCAAAUAUUCUAUUCUAUAGUUUUGGUGGGGUCCACAGUUCAAUAAUAAGAAAAGGCCAUUUUAUUUAAAAUUGAGGCUCAUCAUGUUCUUGUCUUGGGGAAGUAACUCAUGGUUAAUUUAGAAAGAGAAUUCAGAAAAGAAAGAGCAGAAUUUUCUAGGAAUUGCACCUAGUUUAUCGUAUUAUUCCUUGGAGGAGAUAAAGGUAUAUUAGGAUUUAUGAUAUUAAGCACAUGUGCACACACACGCAUGCACAAAUGGACUUCUUUGAAGCUACAUUUUAUGUAAUGAGCAAAAUUCUCAACUACACAAAUGCUACCACAUUAAAGCGGCAAUUUCCUUUUUCCCCAUCAGCACAAACUGCUGCUUUCCUCUUUUAUGGCACCUCACUCAUGCCAGAAGCCUCUGGUACUUUGAUUUUUGCUUUUAGUCUGAGUGCUUCAACCAUUCCCAGGCCAGCAGUUCUGGUGAAACCAUAGCCAGAGCCCCUUAGCAGCACCAGGCAGCAACCAAGCUGUUCCCAAGUUCCAGAUACCGUAGGAAGAGGAUGGUGAGUAGGUAACUAGUCCUGUGGCUAUGCCCCUCCCCCACAGACCUGUCAAGCCAUGUGGGUAGGAGGUGCUUGCAAGUAAGAAGUACCAUGAACCCAAAAGGUGUUAGGUGGUAGACAUGUUUUAAUUGAAGUCAAUUGAGAUAACUGCUCAAACAGGAGCUUUGUGAUUAAAAUGAAACAUUACAGUGGUUCAGUUGUGUGGCUUUUGAUUCAGUGAUUUGUGGCUUUUGACUCAAUAACUUUGAGGCUUUUCUCUAAUAACAAGAGGUUCUGACUAUUAUUUGGGAACAAAAAGAGUUCUCUUAUUUUCUAAGAUCAAACUGUUCUGUGGAAUCUUUGUGGUUUAGUUAAAUAUGCCCUUACUUACCCAGGAUGUUACUUAUGACUGUGAGCUUGGUCUUGAGCUGACCCUUUGCUAUUGGCCGGUAAUGAGUACAUUUGGUGUAAAUGCUUAUUGACUGUGCUGUCAACUGCUGUCAUGGGUAAAACUCCAAAGACCUUUUUGUUUUGGCAUUAGGACUAUAUGAUUUUUGUAUCACCAAGAGCUUUAGAAGGUCAUGUUAAUUUCAGGCUGUGUCCACACUGUUGUUCUGCUGAUCUUGGUUCUAAUGGCCCUAUUUUUGGUGAUAUGCUGUACCUCUGCUGCCCACACUGCCCUUGAGCUGCACAGCAGGAUUUGCUGUUGCUAUUGUCUGUCUGGAAGGGACUGAAUGACCAUGAGGUCAUUACACAGCUAUGAAUGUAUUUGCUUCCAACAUCUCCCAAAGUGAAUCUAAUCUUAAAACUAUAAAUUGUAAGUAUUCUGAAAUUGGAAAACAUUUAUUUUAAAUAAAAUUAGGUAACGUUGCUUUUAAAGCAUAAUAAAUACAUGUAUCAAAACUGUGUGAAAAA